AUGUCGUCCAAGAUUUCCAGACCAGCUAAACUUUUUUCAUUUUAUAAUGAGAAGGAAGAAAAUGGAGAAAACAUUUUUAUAUUUGAUGAAAAAUUGUUUCCUAUAUUUCAUACGCGUCCAAAUUUGUAUGGUUCAUCUGUAAAUCUUACAGAAGGAAUUGAAGAAUAUACUAAAAAACAAAAAUUUAUUCAUACUCCAUGUAAUUGGGAUAUACUAACAUAUAUAAAUAAAACUGUUGGUUUCUCACUUCAACAUAUAACAGAUCAUUCUGAUGUUGUUUGUUAUCGUGAAUUUUUAAGAGAUUUAAUGCUUGUUCGAUUUGGAGGUACUCUUAAAUAUGAUUAUGUUGCAAUUAUGUAUAGUGGAAUUGUUUUUAUUGAGAAAGUUCAAAACAUUUCAGAAAAUAUUGAAAUAAAAGAUAUUGAAAGGGACUAUAUGGAAAGAAAAUUUAAGAUAUACUGUACAAAUAAAGUUGAUAAAAAUAGUUCUACAAUGAGUUCAAGUAAAGGAUAUUAUGUUACACAGACUAGAGAAUUUCAACGUUCAAAUUCUAAAAUAAAAGUAAUGUUUACGGGAGAAGUUGAUGCAAUAAAUUCUAUCAGUGAUUCAAAAGAUAAUAAUUUUAUGGAAAUUAGAGUAUCUACAAAUAAUUUAAUGCAUAUUUUAAAUGGUAGAGAACUUUGCAAUACAUGGAGUAAAGCUUAUAUUGCUGGAAAUGAAUUGAUUGCUGUUGGUAUUACAAAAAAUAAUUUGCUUAAAAAUAUAAAACUUAUUAGUCUCUCUGAUUUAGAAUCUAAACUUCCAUCUCAAAUAUCUGAAAUUAUGGAAUUUGUUGGAAAGUCUCUUGAAUCUAUUAUAAAUGCUUGUAAAAAAUAUCCAAUGAAAUAUAUUAUUAUUCCACAAUCCUGUUCUUCUCUUCGUGUUGCCAGUGAUGAAGAUAUAAAAACAAUGAAUUUUUCCAGACCAUCUUCUAACUUUUUUCAAGCUUUUCAUAGUCAUUAA